AUGAGUAAUUCAGCCUCUGGCACUGGCGCCAGCUGCGUGGCUGUUUCCCUGCUGGAUUCCGUCACUACUUUGAAAGGUGGUAACACGUGGAAAGCAGAAGCCACCAGACAGGGUCAUCGCUGCUGCUGCCUGGAGCUGGGCCAGAGCACCUCGCUCGGCAUGGCAGGCCCCGCGUGCUCCCACCCCAGGGUCCUGUCCGGCCAUGUGGGCUCCGGGGAAGAGCUGGAGCUGCUGCCUGGAACCCCCUGUCCCCCGUGCUCCCAGGUGAAAAUAGAGUUCACACAGCCUGAAAAUGGAAUCGCACUUCUCCCCAGCUCUGCUGCAGGUGGUAACCACAGGGGUGCGGCAGCACGGCAGCACCAGGCAGCCUUGGGUGAGUGCGGGGGCCUCGGUCACGAGCGGGACGUGGGGGCAACGGGGAGGCCCUGCCGCAGUGACACAUGUCGGCGCAGUGCCGGCAGAGCCCUGCAGGCUGCAGCUCCAGCACAGCCGGAGCACGCGGCCAGGAGGCGACGAGCCCUGGGAUGCGGACACUCACAGGAGGCUGGACCGUCACCUCCGACCAAAACCACAAGGCGCGCAGCCGCUGCUGGCCCCAGGCCCACACUGCCCAGCCUUCCCGCCGCGACUGACCGCCCCGCCCAGGGCCCGUGGGGACCUGGCUCGGUGUGGGCGAGGAGCCUGGUGCUGCGGGGCAGGGUCCCUACGCUGCACCUCCACGGACAACAGCAGACAGGCUGGGAGGUGGAGAGGCAGCCGGAGACGAGGGUCAUCAGAAAAUAG